CCACAAGAACCUGCUAGUUUUAGAAAAUAAUAUUGAGUGAAAAAAGGAAAUCAUUGUACUCACUGUGUAAUGAGUGCAUCUUUAUAAAAUUCAAAGUACUACAAGUAUACAAUACAUUAUUAAGAAUAAAUUAUGGAUAUAUGGGUAUAAGAUUAUGGGAUUAAGAUAGGCGGGAAAGAGUUUAUCACACGUUGAAGGACAGUAAGCAGGUUUGCUUAUUGGAAAACACACAUCAAGGUGUGGUUGGAGAUAAAGGUAGUGAAUUAAAGAACGUGGCUAAUUCGUGGGUGUCUCUGAAACCAAUCUUCUAAUUUACUCUGUUUUGAAAGGUGAAGGGGGACAAGCUUUUCGAAAAGGGUGUGAUAGGAUCAAAUUGUAGCAGAGAGAAUCAUUAUUAUUAGCUGUGAGCAGUGGAGGAAAAGGGAGUCAGGAUAAAGGUCCCUCAGGCCCAGUGGCCCUCAGUGGUUCCCUCGCUUUUAGGGAGUCUCCUCUUUGCUCUGCUCCUUUAUCAGAAACAGGCAGGCAGGCAGGGCGUUGCUUGUUUGUUUACAGGGACAGCAAGAAGGGAGUCAGUGGGGCAGAGGGUGCCCCUGGCUUGGGGCUUUGGUCUUUAGAAUAAAAUAUGAACUCUCCCCAGGCUCUCCUCCUGGGACUCUUCCUGAUGCUCUGGCCUGGUGCCUGACCUCCCUACAUGGGGCAAGGAGAAUUCCCAGCUUGGAAACUCCAGCUCUGUUGCUGAGGGACAAGAGACCCUGUUCCCAGAAGUGUUCGGAAGGAGAUGGCAAGUUCCCCUGGCUCCUGGUUCUCUAGCUGCCUCAUUACUCUGGUCGCCCUGCAGAUGCCUGCGCACCUGUCAGGAGACGUCAGCAAGUUCCACCUCGCCCCGCUAGGGGGCACAGCCGAGCUGCUCUGCCCUCUGUCUCUCUGGCCGGUGUCGGUGCCCAUGCAGAUACGGUGGCUGCGGCCCUCCCGAUCGCAACGCUCCCAGGCUGUUCACGUGUUCCGGGAUGGAAAGGACAGGGAUGAAGAUCUGAUUCCGGAAUAUAAGGGCAGGACGACGCUGGUGAGAGACAUCCAAGAGGGAAGUGUCACUCUGCAGAUCCGCAAUGUGACCCUUGAGGAUCGAGGUCCAUACCAAUGUCAGAUCCAGGUCGGAAACCUGAGUCGAGAGAGCAUCCUGACUCUUCAGGUUGCAGUUCUAGGUUCUGAUCCUUACAUCCACAUGAAGGGCUACGAUGCUGGAUGGAUCCAGCUUGUGUGCAGGUCGGUAGGAUGGUUCCCACAGCCAUGGGCCCAAUGGAGGGACCCGGAAGGCAGGAGGCUUCUAUCCCUGUCUGAGGACCACUCCCUGGAUGAAACCGGACUCUUCCGAACCGCAGUGUCCAGCAGAAUCAGGGACAACACUCUGGGGAACGUGUCCUGCACCAUCCGCAACAUGGUCCUUGGCCGAGAGAAGACCACAGCCAUGCUUAUAGAAGCCCCAUCCCCAGGAAUGCGCUCCUCCUCAGCAGUGGCGCUGGCUGUGGUCCUGCCUGUCCUGGGGCUCCUCAUCACAGUAGGCAUUUUCCUCAUCUGGAAGCAAAGAAGAUCAAGAGAGAAGCUUCUCUAUGAACAGGCGAUGGAGGUAGAAAAUCUUCUUGCAGACCAUGCAAAAGAAAAAGGAAGACUCCAUAAAGGCAUGAAGAAACUCCGGAUGGAACUGAAGUUGAAAAGAGCUGCAGCCAACUCAGGUUGGAGAAGAGCCCGGCUACAUUUUGUGGCAGUGACCCUGGACCCAGACACAGCACAUCCCAAACUCAUCCUAUCUGAGGAUCGGAGAUGUGUGAAGCUUGGUGACAGAAAGCAGCCUGUGCCUGACAACCCCCAGAGAUUUGAUUUCGUCGUCAGUGUUCUGGGCUUUGAGUACUUCACGGCUGGCUGUCACUAUUGGGAAGUGUAUGUGGGAGACAAGACCAAAUGGAUCCUUGGGGUGUGUAGCGAGUCGGUGAGCAGGAAGGGGAAGGUCACUGCCUCGCCCGCCAAUGGACACUGGCUUUUGCGACAGAGUGGACAGAGUCAUGGUAAUGAGUACCAAGCUCUCACCUCCCCGCAGACCUCCUUCCGCCUGAAAGAGCCGCCGAGGUGUGUGGGGAUUUUCCUGGACUACGAAGCGGGAAUCAUCUCCUUCUACAACGUGACUGACAAAUCCCACAUCUUUACUUUCACUCAUAGUUUCUCUGGCCCCCUUCGCCCUUUCUUUGAACCUUGUCUUCAUGAUGGAGGGAAGAACAUAGCACCUCUAAUCAUCUGUUCAGAACUCCAGAAAUCAGAGGACUCACUUGUCCCCAAGCCAGAAGGAAAAGGCCAUGCUAAUGGAGAUGUGUCCCUGAAGGUGAACCCUUCCUUACUACCUCCUCAGGCCCCAGAGCUUCCCCCAGUGAUGUCCUGGCCCUCUGACCUGGGCCCUGCCCUUCAGGGGCUCAAGGCUCCUUCUUUUUAGAACUGUGCCUCGUGUCCCGCUCCCAUGACAUCCAGCCCGGGGACUCUGGAUUUCAGUCUCUUGGUCCACACCUGAUCCUGCGACAUCUCUUCCCUUUAACUGAAAUCCAGAUCCUUGUGUGAUUUCAAUUUGUACCACUUCUUUUUUAGGGCUCAAUUCUGAACCCUGCCUUUCUUUUAGGGUUCCCAUAACCCUGAAAAGCAAAUGCUCAGUUUAGGUGAUGUUGAACGUGUGUCCUCAAGAUUCAGGGAAAGGGUCCUCUACUCAAGGGGAUAUUUUUGAGUACUUGCUUCUGACUCAUCCUGCAUUUGGACUUUCAAUGAUGCAAUUAGAUCCUCAGACCCUGACUUCUUACUUAUUCUAUCAAGGAUUGUUUGCCCCUUACCCCCCCUCCCCCCACAACACACCUCUGGCCCCAUCUUUCUCUUUCUCACUCUCAGUUUAGACCUCUAGCCCACAAAGUCAGGUUUUUAAAAAUAAUAAAAUCAUACACCUUUCCUUCUUUUUUCAGGAGCUGGGGUAGGGCAGAGGGGUCACAUAUGCCAUCUUUUUUUUUAUUUUCUUGAUAAUGUUUAUAACAUAGUUUAGAGACAUUCAGAGCAAAUGUACAUUUUUCAAAAGCCAAUUUACAUAUUGAUGAUAAUCAGGUACAGGAAUUUUAAAUACAGCAGCCAUAAUUCUGAGGAUCCUCAGAAGCACAGUUAGGAAGCACAGCUGUAACAGAGCAACUCAGCUGUGUGUGGCCUUGAACGGACAGAGAUAGAGGAAUAGGUCUGUUGUGGCAGAUGAGUCAGAAGAGCCAGUCUGUUGCACUGGCCAUUUUGAAUACUUUCCUGAGAUUCAGAGAGGCCCCAUGAGAAAAAAGUGACAGUUUUUUUUUUUUCCCCCACAAGACCAUUAUAAUGGAAGACUUGACUAUUUGUGCAGCAAACAGCCUCUUAGGUCAGAGAGUAUUGAUUUCAAAGAAGUUGUUGGUAGAUUCUUAUUCGAAAGAUAAGAAGGUGGGAGGAUAAAAUAAUGAAUCGGAUUUUGGGGAGUGAUAUAGCUUAUUUGUUGAGAUACUGGCUAUCGUUUUGCAGAUGGAUAUACAGUGUGAAUAUGUAGAUCUUUUUGUCUGUUUAAUGGUCUUUCCAUUAGCACUUAUAACAGUGUUCUCCCAGAAAACUGUUCUUUUUGUCUGUUUAAUGGUCUUUCCUUUAGCACUUAUAACAGUGUUCUCCCAGAAAACAGAAUCAAUAGAAUGUGUGUGUGUACAUAUAUAUCGAGUGGGAGAAGAGGAUUGAUAAGACUUGGUUCAUAUGAUUAUAGAGCUGGCAACUUCAAGACCAAGGAAGAACCAAUGUUUUCAGUUCAAGUUGAAGGUGGGGAAAAACUAAUAUACCAUACAAAGACUGUCAGGUAGGGUGAUUUCUGUCUUGGUUGGGGGAGGAUCAGACUUUCUGUUCUAUUCAGUUAUUUAAAUGAUUGGGUGAGUCCCAUCUACAUUAGGGAGAGCAAUCUGCUUUACUCAGUUUGCUGAUUUAAAUGUUGAUAUUAUCCUAAAACAUCCUCACAGAAAUACCCAGAAUAAUGAUUGAUUGAAUAUUUGGGUACUUUGUGACCCAGGCAAGCUGAUACAUAAAAUUAACCAUCACAGUGACUGAGUGGAAUUUUUUUGAUUUUGUACAGUUAUUAAAUAAAGCUUUUAGUAUCCA